GUCGUAUGUUGCUAAUGUUAUUCCACCUUCGUCUGUUUGAUAGUAGUCCCUGAAAGGCUCCCUUUUAUAAGUUAUUGCAGUGAAUGUUCCCGUAAGAUGAAGAGAUGCAAAGAUGAUGAGGAAGAAGAUGAAUGGGAGCCUCUCAGGAGACGACCGGCUCUUGGGCGACCUGGGACCUCAUCGUCAGAAAACGAAGAAGGAAAUGAAUCGAACGGGGGAGUAGUUCCUGUUGCUUGUGCAUCACAGACUCACACAAAAUCAGACUUGCCAUCCUCUGUGGCUGCUAUUGCACUAACAUCAAUCACAGCAUCAGGUUCAAGUAUACCCAAAACAAAAUCUAAAGUGGGAGUACCUGAAGUAAAUGAUAUUAUUGUCCAGUCAGUGACAUCACCAUCUCAGAGAAAACUGGCAGUUACGUGUAGCUCAUCAACGACAGCUUCAGCAUUAUCAGCUUCAUCAGGCUUAGUAUCAGCAUCAUUUGAAGUCUCUCUCUCAUCAUCUGCAUCAUUAUCAACGCAGACCUCUACAGCUACCAUAAAAUCGUUGCCUCCAUAUGCUGUUGCUUCUUGGAUACCGGAAGAGGAAGAAGACGUGGGAAAAUCAUUAUUGGAGCAUUCACCUCAUUCAGUAGCCUCAUCCUCUAAUGUUGUAAAAUCUUCAAAUGUUGCUUCAGAUACAUCUUGUAAGACAUCUGAUACUCAGUGUACUUUAACAUGUAAGGAUACACCUACCGCUAAAACAGUUGAAGGGGUAACUGCAAUUCAAGGAUCAUCUAAAUCAGUUUUAGCAGUGGAUAUUCUAUCUGUACAAAAUGUUAGUAAAAAAUCUCCUAAGCCACUAGUUAACGGUUCCAUUACUGAUAGUACUAUUGCAACCACAACAGAUUCUGUUGUAUUUGCAAGUGGAUCAAGGGCUAAUGGGUCAUUAGUAGUAACCUCGUCACUUUUAGGAAAUUCUAUAAUAAAAGAUUCAGUUACUGCUUCAGUUUCAGUUAAAGCUGAUUCACAAGUAAUUGUAUCCGUUUCUUCUAGCAAAGCUACGCGGUCAGUUGCUGCAAGUAUAAAUAAAAAUACACCAACAACACUUUCUCUAGUAGACACACCCACAACACCUACAACAGCUAUGAUAACAAUUGCUACCUCACCACCUGCUGAAGUUAUGCAAGCAAUAACUUCAUUACCAAAAGCAUUCCCAGUACCAGCAGCAGCUAUGGAAAGUUUAGCAACUUCCACAGUUUCAGUUUUUAUGACUACAACAGCAGUUACUUUGCCCGUGGUAACUGCCACAGCAACCAGUGCAACCAAACUUGUAAUGGCAACUGCACCAACGGCAGCUACGAGAUCAGUCAAAUCCAGUAUUUCAACUGUUGAUAAUGAAUUAUCUUCAACAGAAGGCGAAACAUCAGCUACAUCUGUGCCAAUAACAUCUACCUCUGCUAAUGUAUUGGGUUCAACAUUAACUGAUACAGGUACAUCAGAACAGGUUUGUAUUCAGCCCUUGCCCAGAUCCAGUGAGACAUCUGGAUCACAGGAAUCACCAGCUUCUUCUUCAUCUGAUUCUUCAGCAUCAGAUAUUGUACCUAGGGCAUCAACCUCUUUACUAGCUUACAGUUCUUCAGAAUCUGGUGCAUCAAGUAAAAAUGAUAGCCUGCCACCAUCUGUAUCUUCUGCUUUAAACCCACUGCAGCUACUUAUACUGUCAUCAGAUUCUUCAUCUGAAUCAUCCAAUGAUUCAGUAGGUGUUGUACCAUCUACAUAUUCUGUUGGAGGAGAGAAUCAAGCACAAAAUUCUGUAGAACCACUUUGCUUGGCUCUGCACUCAAUAAAUUCCCUUCCAGCCCCAACAACAACAACAUCUGAAACAUUUGAAACAGCCUUUAAUUCUCUUUCCUCUGAAAAUUUAGGAACAGAGUCCUUAGGUCAGGAUGGUACAAAUGCACAAGAAAAUGUCUCUUCUGUACAGUUACCAUCAUCAGUGUCUUCCUUAUUAGCAGCUUCCUCAUCCCAGUCAUCCUCCUCAUCCUCAUCAUCAUCACCAUCACCAGAAAAUGUAUCCCUCACAAACACAUCCAACUCAAAAAACAGCCCUCAUGUAACAGGAUCAUCCACUUCAGCCACCAACCAGACUUCCAGAAAAUCCACAAAGAGUAGAAAUGGUUGGGGGAAAAAGGUACCGGAAAAUCUCAUGCCAGAAGACCUUGAUGAUGGAGAACUGACUCCUACAUCAUUAGAUGUUACAAGCGACUCUAAUCACAGGUUGAUGAGCCGGGAUGCUGAAAGAAAGUAUAAAGAAAAACACAUCUAUUUAUCAGGAAGAGUACCACAGGCUGGCCAGCAAUUACCAAAGGGUCAACUUCGUCGGGCAGGUCCUUACUUAUUAGGGCCAAGGCAAGGCUCAUCUCCAGUUCGCUCUAUUGUGCAGUGUCUUGCAAGACGAGUAAAAACCGAUGAUUUCUAUACACUGAAGAUCCUGACUGUUAGAGAACCAAGUGAAGCAACCCAGGAUGACCGGCAAGGGAAGAUGCUCUUGCAUACAGAGCACUCUCUGUUGUCCUUGCUGUCAGGUCAAAAGGGUGUCAUUCAGCACCAUGGACUCUUUCAGGACUAUGCGUGUGGGGCUCGUGAGCAGAAUGGUGGAACACUUGUGGCUUCAGGAGGCCUUGUACGUCGUGUGUGUCUGGUUCUAGACUGUGUCAUUCCACAUGAUUAUUGUCCGCAAACUGCCGACCUCAUCAACCUACAGCACUAUGUUAUCAAUAAGGAGAAGCUGCAGGAGAUGGAUGCCCUUACAAUAUUCUACAAUAUUGUCUCAGUUGUCCAUAGCCUUCAUGAGCAAAAUGUAGUGCAUCGUGACCUUAAGUUGGGAAAUUUAGUGUUACAUCGUGCGACCAGGGAAAUCACCAUCACCAAUUUCUGCCUGGGCCAACACCUUCCCUCUGAACAGGACAGGUUAAGGGAUCAGAGGGGUUCACCUGCUUAUAUCUCACCUGAUGUCUUGAGUGGAAAGCCUUACCUUGGAAAACCAUCUGAUAUGUGGGCCCUUGGAGUUGUGCUUUUUACCAUGCUUUAUGGACACUUCCCAUUCUAUGACAGUUCACCUAAGGAACUCUUCCGUAAGAUUAAAGCUGCCCACUACAUCCUCCCAAAAAGUGACAAACUUGUGAAAGAUGACACAAAGGAUAUCAUACGAGGACUACUCGUGUUGGAUCCCCUUCAGCGACUGAAUUGCACUCAGGUCCUAACCAACUUAACUGCCAUCUUAUCGGGACCUGUUCUGCAUAACCCCCAGACUGUACCUGAAAUGGAAGAUCUAGAAGAUGAAGAACUGGAGUCUAGUGACAGACAGCAUGUCUCAGGAUCCCUCUCAAGUAACGGAAGCAGCCUAGAGCCUUGCUACGGCAGCUCUCGGUCCAGGAGACCAGGGGAGAGAGACGCAGAUAGUCAGUCGAAGAAUAACAUCGAUCAUCUUCUGCUUCAGGUUGCUCGUCAGAAAGCAGAGAGUUGCCAUCUGCAGUCCCUUAAGCCACCUUCAAGUGUGACAAGCAGCAGUAGCAGCUCAAACUCUAAAACAAAUGGUGUAAUAUCAUGCAUUGUAGGAGAAGCUCGACCCCUUACGCAGGCGGAGAUGUCCUCACUCAGACACCUCCUACCACACACACCACGUCUGAGUGAGCCCGUUAGCAGAAGUUCAGGUCCAGCUCCAAAUGUUGCAGUAGUGGUUAGCAGAAGCAACAAUGACAGAUUUAGUCCCCUAUUUUCCCCACGGUCUCCAAGUGGACGAGGUUUUCCCAUGAGUCCCCUGGGUCCUCCUUCCUCAAAUCAUCCACAGCCACCACCUAAUCUAACAAUACCCCCAAGCCCUCUCCCUCCUCACCUCUUAUCCUCCCAUCUCUCUGCUCCUUUGUCCCCCCAUCUUCCUCCAUCUUCUUCGCGACUGCCUUCAUCCUUUCCUCGCCUCCCUCCAAGCUCCUCACACUCACUUUCAGGUAGUUCAAUGAUACCUUCAUAUGGUAGCUUUUCAAACAGUGUCCCAUCCCAGCAAAGAGGGCCUCCUCCCCCUGCUCCACCAACGGGCUCAAGAACACGUUGGGCACCAGGGGUACAUAGUCGCAUUGUCCACAACAUCAGCAGCCUGCACCACCUGGCAGCAUCAUCAAAUGGACAGGAUGAUUCAGAUGAUGGAGCCGUCCAAGACCCAGGGGAAAAUGAUUCCUCUGAAGGCAUUAUCAAUCCUUUGGCAGGACCUUCUCAGUUGUCUCAGGCCCCUUUUCACUUGGUUGUUAGAACUAGAGGGAGAUCCAGGUCUGAGAUGAGGAGAAGACUAAUGCGUCGUUGAGAUUCAACUUGGAAUUAAAAAUAAACUAAUAACAUUCACUGGAAUAAUUUUACGCUUACCGAUAUACUUCAUUUUUUUUCAAUAUAAGAUUUGUUAUGAUCACAAAUUUUAAUCUAAUAUAGCAGCUAAGUAAAGGUAUGAUAACAUAUACUGCCUUUUUUAACUUUUUUUAUUUUUUUUUUUAUGAAUUUACUUUUUACUAAAAUUAUAGAAAACAGUUUUAGAAGUUGAGCCUUAUUGUAUGAAACAAUAGAUGAAUUUAUCUUAGUUUUAUACUGUAUUUUACAAAUGAUGUCAAAUUAAUAUAUCUUAAUGUACCUGGCCAGAAGAUUCAUAAUUAUAUGUGAGAGUAACAUCGCUUUUCUUAAUUUAAUACAUUAAGUGAAUGAAUCCUUGUGCGUGUUUAAGAUAUUUGUAUGGAUGUAAGAUGUGUUUAAGUCGCCAAGAUAUAUAUAUAAUAUAUAUGUAAAUUUAUGGGAUAACUGUGAUAUAUUUUGUGCUCUCUGGUUGGUAACACUAAUUAUCAUGGUUUUUGUAAUGUACGUAUAAACUUGGAGGGCAAAUAUUUAUGUUAUAUAUACUGUAUAUGUAUUUUUGUUUGGUACUGUUUGUUUGGAAAUGCUGAAUAGUAUCUUCCUUUUUAUGAAGUAUUGUAUAUAAUAACAAAAAAAAAAAAAAUAAUAAUAAUGAUGUAACUUGAGGUUUGAUAAAUGAUUUGUAUGUCUUGCAGCUUUUGUAUAUUUAACUGUGAUAAUACUAGCAGCUUGGUUAUUUUAAGUAUAUUAUAGAAUUAUUUGUACUCAAAACAUUAGGUACUGAAUAUUUUCUUCUUUGACAUAGUUUAUAAUUAUUCUAUAAUUCAAAUAAAACCACCCACUUUA